ACGCUGGAAGUUGGAGCGAGCUGGUGUUGCACUUUACUUUUUCUCUCCCAGUUCGAGAAGUCAUGUUUAUAACAUGUGAAAGCACUGUCGCUGCACUCAAAAGUCUUAUUACCAGUUUCUGGAUCACUGUUAACGUCUGUUCUUUGGGUUUGCACGCUCAGAGCGGUAAUGGCUGUGGACAUACAUUGUUGGGCACAGAGUCUGGCACUUUGACCUCUCAGAACUAUCCGGGUACCUACCCCAGUAACACCCGGUGUACUUGGAGGAUUCGUGUCCCACCAGGCCAAACGCUUCGCUUACUGUUUGGAGAUUUUGACAUUGAGAGCAGUCCAGGGUGCAGGAAUGGCUCUCUGGUGAUCACGACCAACAAUGGUGGACUAAGCCUGGGUCCUCUCUGUGAAAAGCUUGAUGCAUCAGAGAAGAACAUGACCAUUAACAGCAAUGAAGUGACUGUAACCUUUCAGUCAGGACCACAUCGCUCUGGACGUGGCUUUCUCUUGUCCUUCGCCACAAACCGAUAUCCAGAUCUCAUUUCUUGUUUACAGCGGGGGUCUCAUUUUAGCACCCAGAGUUUUAGUGUGUACUGCCCUGCCGGAUGUAAGAAUGUCUCAGGGGAUAUUUGGGGGAACUCUGAAAGAGGUUACAGAGAUACAUCAGUGCUGUGCAAGUCUGCAGUCCAUGCUGGUGUGAUGUCUGACAGUCUGGGUGGGCGUGUCACUGUGACUCGUGGAAGAAGUCUUACCCUCUAUGAAUCAACAUUUGCCAAUGGAAUAGUCUCCAAAAUGGGAUCAUUAUCUGACAAGAAGCUGCUUUUCAGUCAAGAAUGCAACAACAUCCUGGUUAUUUCUGGUUUAAAUGCUUCAUCUUUCUGGGAAAAAAAGGACAGUCGAGAGCAGAGAAUGUACUGGUCCUCCAGAAACACGGAUUCCACAUACGAGUUCCUGCCCUGGGCAGCAGCAAGCAGUGAUCCAGAGCCCUGGCUGGAGCUGGAGCUGAGCGAGAAGAACAGCAUCACUGGAAUAAUAACAACAGGCUCAAAUGAGUUCUACAUAGAAUCCUUCAUUCUUCUUUUCAGUAAGGACAGGAAGAAUUGGAAGCUCUACAAAGGUCCACUCAGUAAAGAAAAACAGGUGUUUCAGGCCCAUUCCGACGGUCACCUGCGGGUUCUAAACAGCCUGUAUGCUCCCAUCAUAGCCCGCUACGUGCAGCUGCAGCCACUGAGCUGGCACGGCAGAGCAUCGGCUCAGGUGCAACUUGUGGGUUGUCCUGUUGCCAAGGUUACACCAAGGUCCCGCCCACCUGCUGAAUUCCCAUCGGUCAAAGUUAACAUCGGCACCACGCGGCCCAGCCCCACACCUACAGAGGGCCCUAUUUUAGUGAAGGACACAAGACCAAGCUCCAGUCCACCAGUAAUCAUGGCAGUGGGAGUGGUCUUGGGUCUGAUCAUAUGUGUCAGCUGUCUGUUGGCGGGAGUCUGGUGGAAGAGGAGGAAAAAAGAUCCACAAAUGAAUUACUCUUUACCCACACGUUGUCAGAGUUUCCAGGGAAAGAGUCCCCAGUGCCCACAAACAGAACUUAUCUCCUACCCUUUAGAGCGAAGUGUCCAUGAUGCGCUACCAAACCCUCCUCUCAAUGAUUAUGCUGAACCUACCAUUGGACAAAAGCUCGGGUCAACAUUUAGGCCCGCCUCAGAUGAGGUCUACACCGCGCCCUUCACCCUCAGCCAUUAUGACACUCCUGGCAACCUGCCAGAGUACGCUGAGCCACUUCCCCCAGAGCCUGAGUACGCCACCCCAUUCAGCGAGCAGCCUUCAGAGUCCAGCAUGCCAAGUGCAACAGAGGCCACCACCCUCAGCAGUCCACAUGGUGUUCCCAUGGCAACGCCUACCACUGGUACCAGGACAACCACCCACACGCAUUAUGACUGCCCCUCACACAGGAUGUUAUCCAAUGGCUACUGCACCCCGACCCUUCAUGCAAACAGCCAGCAACCAGUCAGCGUCAUGUACACCAAGCCCAAACCCUGCCACCCGCCCCGAAAGAAGCACAUGUAUGAGGAGCCUCUGUGAGGAGAUACCGGAGGUGAACUGAGACCUAGGACCAGAGGGGCACUCAGAAUGAACUCAAGUGGAUGCUGAGCCAGUUUUGUCUGCAGUGAACUUAUGCUGGCGGAGCUCCACUCUGAAUGAGCGAUGUGCCCGCGAUCUCAGCCACGUGGAAACUGUCUUCUUACGGGUCGUAUGCAGGAUUUAAAAUUUCACUGUGAUGUUAAAAAAAAAAAAAAAAAAAAAAAAAAAAAGAAAAUCCAGGUUCAGCAGAAAGGCUGCUUUAUUGUUGAGACAUUGAGUCACAAGCUGCACUUUUUAGAAAAACAAAAAAUACACUUCUAUAUUACAGGGUAACAUGGUCAAAGUGAAUGAAAUAUAUAUAGUGCAUUUUAUUAUAAUUCAACAUGUUAUGUAAAAAUACAAGUUACAGCCAUAGAGGACAGACGCACUGUAACAAAGGCAUAUCAUGAUUUUACCUGUAACCACUAGGUGGCUCUAUUGUGCUUUGAAAGUCUAACUGUCAUUACUUGUCAUUCGUCAGAUAAAUUUGUUCAAUACCUCCCAAA